UUGUGCUAAUCAUAACUCUUGGAAAAUUUGAUGCAAACUCUUCCUAUAAAUACGUUCAUACUUCUGCUUGCUCGCCCCAUACUGAACACAGCCUUGAACAAAUUGAGGAAAAAGAGUAGUGAAGCGAGUGAUCAUCAGAAGCCAGAAGCCAUGACCACCACCGUGAGUCUUCCUCCAAACUUCCUGAUUGUGAACCCAAAUAAGGGAAGAAAAAGAGACAUAUUCAAGUACAUGGUGGGGAAUAACACGAAGAGUGGAAUGAACUUCUUGGAUAGCUCUGAGGAGACAGUCAAGGGUGGUGCAGCCGUUGAUCACAGAUGGAUUUUGCUGGUGUCCAUUAUCAUUCGCAGGAUCCUUGCCCUUAUUAACACCCCAUUGAAAUACUUUGGCUAUUUGGUUGAUUUCUUUCUCAACCUUAUUUCUCAGAAUGGUGGCUUCUGCAGCAUAUGUAGUAAUUUUCUUCAGGGAAAGCUGAAGAUACCAAGGAGAGGCUCAGAAAAUUUUAUUAGCACAAUUGGGCAACUGGAUGGACGAAUAGACCUCUAUAGGACUGUAUUCUUGUCUGAGAAAGCAGAUGAUUCUGUUAAUUCAGACUCACAUAACGUAAGAUCAGAACUGGGGAAUCGAUAUCUCAUGGAUCUUUGUAUCAUGGCAUCCAAGCUUGUUUAUGAGAAUGAGAAAGUUGUUAAAAAUGUCGUCGAAAAUCACUGGAAGAUGCACUUCGAGGCCUUUUACAACUGCUGGAAUGAAAACCAGAAGGAGAGCAAUACCCAAGUGUUCAUCAUUACUGACAAGCCCAAAGAUGCAAACUUGAUAGUGAUCAGCUUUAGAGGUACGGAACCUUUCAAUGCACAAGACUGGAGUACUGAUUUCGAUUUCUCCUGGUACGAGGUACCGAAAGUAGGAAAACUCCAUAUUGGAUUUUUAGAAGCCUUGGGUUUAGGUAGCAGAGGAGAUGCUACCACCUUCCAAAAUCAACUUCGGAGGAAGCAUACAAGUUUCUUGCAUGUAAUUGGUGAGUCUGAGGCGUCCGUUAAGGAAAAGGCGAAAAAGAGUGCAUACUAUGCUGUGUCGUUGACACUCAAGAACUUACUAAAGGAACACAGGAAUGCAAAAUUUGUUGUUACUGGACAUAGCUUAGGCGGUGCACUGGCUAUAUUAUUCCCUUGCGUGCUGGUGAUACAAGAGGAGACGGAGAUGAUCCAAAGGUUGCUAAAUAUAUACACAUUUGGGCAGCCAAGGAUCGGCGAUGCACAGCUAGGGACAUUCAUGGAAGCCCAUUUGAACUACCCAAAUAAUAGAUACUAUAGGGUAGUUUACUCUAAUGACAUGGUGCCUAGGGUACCUUUCGAUGACAAGAUCUUCGCUUUCAAGCACUUUGGAGUCUGCCUUUACUAUGAUAGCCGAUACUUUGGCCGAUUUAUGGACGAGGAACCAAAUAGAAAUUUCUUUUCAUUGAAGCACAUGAUCCCUAUGCGGGUGAAUGCACUGUGGGAAAUCAUAAGGAGUUUUGUGAUAAGCCACACACAUGGACCAGAGUAUCAAGAGAGUUGGUUCUGCACAUUAUUCAGGAUAAUGGGGCUGGUGCUUCCUGGAAUUUCUGCGCAUAGUCCUAUAGAUUAUGUUAAUUCGGUCAGGCUUGGAAGGGAGCGCACAUUUCCAUUGUCUACUUUGAAAAGCUUCGCUCGCAAAUCAUAAUUAAGAUGGAUUGCGUACUCUUCCUCGUCAUAAUAAGAUCAAGAGAUCAGACGUCCAAGUCACCCUAUUAUGUAGAAAAACUCGUAAUGGAAAUGUAUCAUGAUCUAGCAGUUUUUUAUGUGGUUUCAUAUAAAUAAUGUAAGCAUAUGUUUGCAUGCUUGUUAGAAUAAAAAUUGCAUGCAUGCAUGCCCACUUUCUGUGCUUGUAUAUGAUAAAUCUGAUAUUCCUCUUACUCCAUGAUAGAUCUGAUUUUCU